AUGCUUGACAAAAUCAUAAAAUAUGUGAAGGCAUUUAAACUUCUGGAACCUCCAACAUACGCGGGGAAUUCCGAUCCUUGUGAAGCAGAAGAUUGGCUUCGUAGGGUGACAAAAUGCUUGGAAAUCAUUAAAGUUCUCGAUGAUCUUCAAGUUGAAUUGGCUACACUUAUGCUUACCGGUGACGCCGAACGUUGGUGGGAGUUUACAAAGAUUGGACAUGGCCCCACAGGCAUGUCAUGGGCAAACUUUAAACAUCGGUUUCGCAAUAGGUAUUUUCCAAGUUGUCUUGAACGGCCAAAAGCCAAGGAGUUUGCCUUGAUAACUCAGGGUAACAUGAACGUAUCUCAGUAUGUGACCAAGUUUAUUCAGUUGUUCUUGUCUCGGUAUGAAGCAUCUAUGGUGGAACUAGAGAAUAAGAAAAUACGAAACUUAAUAAUGGGAUUGAGACCUUCUAUUAGAUCUCCAAUGGGUAGGUUGAAAUUUGAUACUUUUGAAGACGCCGUGAAUGAAGCUUUGAAGAUUGAGAUGCGCGAUGAGACUAAUAUUUAA